AUGUCUGGCACGUAUACGUCGAAUACCUCUUUGCUCACUGAUCUUUUCUGGGUUAAUCUCUUGAGUCAGCGAGAUGUCUCCUUCCAAGUCCCAAUUAACUACGUAACGCAGCCGGCGAUUGCUCUUACCGCGGCUUGUUUCGGAGACAAAUCUUACGACGGGGCGGCAGGCUCAUCAUGCUUGUCAGACCUUUUGACCGUGGGAUAUCGUCGCUUCAUUGUCGAUAUAUAUUGGUCGCAUGAAAACCAGAAAUGGCUGCUGUGCCCUGUUUCGAUUCCCUCGAGUUCGGCUUCGAAUGCAUCAGGAGCCUCUCAAUAUAUCUUGGGCGAUUAUACAUGCUCUAGUUCCUUCGAUGUUACGACUCUCACAGGGGUCUUCGAUAGCUAUAUACAGAAUACCGGGCAGGCCGUGGGAGCUACGUUCCUAUAUAUUAUUUUCAACUUGCAUGCUGCAGCCGACAGCGAUGCACCUGAUCAGCCACCGCCUACUCUACCGGCAUCAAGUCUUCCGUCGGGGCCAACAAUGCUAGGCUCGAUAAUAGACAAACAAUUAGGGUUGAAUAUAUAUACUCCAACCAUUCUAACACAGGAGCGCGGAAAUCUUAAUGCGUCAUGGUAUGCCGACACCAGUGGCAAUACAAACCUUCUAGCCAGCUACUUUAUCACAGAUAGUGAUGCCAGUAACAUUCAAAGUACACCGGACGGAUGGCCCUGUGAGGCCUAUCUCUCCCAAAAGUCCAACAAAAGACUACUAUUUGGAUUGGGAUCGGUUGAUUCUCAGAUGGAAAAUUACAAUUUCAACAAUGAUUCCUCGUACAUUUUUCCGGCGGACGAAGUCACGUCCAGCACCACUAUCUCAAUCACUUCAGAUGAAAGAGGGCUGCGAUCCGGGUGUUUUUUUAAUCCUCAAACAACAGAUGUAUCGAAAGUCAACUCAUCCUGGGCAGAGGGGGUACCUACCAAUAUCGAUCUUAACACCACUCCUGAGAUCUCUGCUUUGUUACUUAACUUUACCAACUGCGGCAUCUCUCCCAUACUUAACCAGACACUUGGUGGCGAGACCGUAGAUUUUGAUAUCGACCGGUAUCGAAUCGCAUCUAUGUCAACCAUGUGGUCUUGGGCUAUCGGCGAGCCUCGAAAUGCAAGUGGUGAUCCACAGUUUGAAAGUGGUGGAACGUUCCGGUGUGCCUUCAUGGACACCAAUUCAGCGGGGCAUUGGAAAGCUGGAAACUGCUCUGAUGAAUAUCGCGCUGCAUGUCGCGUCGACAAUCAACCGUAUUCAUGGAUCUUGUCAGAAAAUAGCCAGUCCUUCUCUGACUCUGCCUACGGAUGCCCGGAGAAUUCUUCUUUUGAUGUACCUCGUACAGGACUGGAAAAUACAUAUUUGUAUGAUUCUGUGGUAUCUUCAGUUGGUGACAGCAGCGAACAGACUAUAUGGAUUAAUAUGAAUUCUAUGCAGGUUCAGUAUUGCUGGGUCUUGGGAGGAACAAAUUCUUCUUGUCCCUACAGUGCCGACCCUGAUGAUGUUCAGCGACGAACGAUUCUUAUUCCUACAAUUGCUGCGAUCGUCGUGCUUAUCAUCACUGUUUUAAUUAUUUUUGUCAAAUGCAAUUCCAACCGGAUCUCGCGAAGGAGGAAAAGAGUCAUCGAGGGCUGGGAAUACGAGGGUGUCCCCUCAUGA